AUGUGCCCGCUCGUCGCCAAGCACAACACCCCCGAGAGCUGUUGGGUAGUGCUCUACGGCAAAGUGUACGACGUGACCGAAUUCCUCCCCUCCCACCCUGGCGGGUCCAAGAUCAUUGUGAAGCUCUCCGGCAAAGAUGCGACAGACGAGUAUGACCCCAUCCACCCGCCGGGUAUCCUCGAGGAGAACCUCAAACCCGAAAAGUGCCUCGGCACCGUAGAUCCUGAGUCUCUGGCGCUGCUGCAACCCGCCCCCGCGAAAGCGGAGUCCCAGAAGCCCAAGGAAGGCCCGCCGAGGCUGGAGACGCUGCUCAAUAUUGAGGAGAUUGAGGAGGCUGCCACAAAGAUCAUCCCGAAGAAGGCCUGGGCGUACUACUUCUCGGCUAGUGACGACCUGUGGACCAAGAGCAACAACAACAAGGCGUACAGGCAGAUUCUUCUCCGGCCGCGGGUCUUCGUCGACUGCACACAAGUUGAUACGUCUACAAACUUGCUGGGCCACCAUGUGGGAAUCCCUCUGUUCGUGGCACCAGCCGCCAUGGCGAGACUUGCUCACCCGGACGGUGAGCGAGGCAUUGCAAGAGCGGCAGCCAAGUUCAACGCGAUGCAGUGCGUGUCGAACAACGCGUCUAUGACACCGGAGCAGAUCAUCGAGGGCUCGCCCGAAGGCCAGGUGUUCGGGUGGCAGCUCUACGUUCAGAAUGACAGGGCCAAAAGCGAGGCCAUGCUAAAACGCAUCAACGCCAUGAAGGACCGCUACAAAUACAUCACCCUUACGUUGGAUGCCCCGUGGCCCGGAAAGCGUGAGCUCGACGAGAAACAGCAGUUCGAGGGCGCCUUCGAGGUCGAAUCCGAGUCAAACUCAAAGAGUGACGAGGCGAAGCGGCCAGGCGGUGGUGGUGUGGGACAGCAGCUGUUCUUCGGGACGGCGGCUGACCUGACAUGGAAGACGACCCUGCCUUGGCUGGCACAGCAUACCGACUUGCCCAUCGUCCUAAAGGGACUGCAGACACAUGAGGACGCCUACCUUGCGGCCAAGUACGCCCCGCAAGUAAAGGCCAUCAUCCUGUCGAACCACGGUGGUCGCGCCCUCGACACGGCGCCUCCCGCUGUUCAUACGCUGCUGGAGAUCCGCAAGUAUUGUCCCGAGGUCUUUGACAAGAUUGAGGUCUGGGUCGAUGGCGGCAUCAAGCGCGGGACCGACAUCGUCAAGGCUCUCUGCCUGGGCGCAAAGGCUGUGGGUAUCGGCCGUGCCGCGCUGUUCGGUCUCGGUGCCGGUGGCCAGGCCGGUGUUGAGAGGACAUAUGAGAUCCUCAAGGGUGAGAUGGAGACAUGCAUGAGGCUCCUCGGCGCCAAGAGCGUCAGCGAUCUGGGCCCCCAUUUUAUCAACACUCGCGCAGUGGAGAGAGACAUCUACGACGGCGAGUCUGGGCUGGAGAACAAGGUUAGCCUAUGGGUGAAGUCGAAGCUAUAA